UGUUACAAGAUCAAUAUGGCAUCUUCCGUAGCUGCUGCAGCUACUGUUCGUGCUGUCAAAGGUAGAAAAAUACUUGCUACACGAGCUGCGCUUACGUUAACAUCAAGUGCAGUAAAAAAAGUUAAGGAAUUAUUAAAAGACAAAAACGAAUUUAUUGGUUUAAGGGUCAGUGUGAAACAACGAGGAUGUAAUGGUCUAAGUUAUACUCUUGAUUAUGCCAAAGAAAAAUGUAAACUCGAUGAGGAGGUUGUUCAAGAUGGAGUUCGCAUUAUGAUUGACAAAAAGGCACAGUUGUCUCUGCUAGGUACUGAAAUGGAUUAUGUGGAAACUAAAUUAAGUUCCGAAUUUGUUUUCAAUAAUCCAAAUAUCAAAGGGACUUGUGGAUGCGGAGAAAGUUUCUCUGUUUAGUAAACUUAAAAAAUUGUAGUUAAUACAGAUUACUUAAUUAUCACAAAUUUUAGUAAAAUGUGAUUUCAUAAAAAAAUAAGGUAUAAUAUAAUAUAAACAAAAUAUUUUACAAAUUUCCAUUGGUUCAGAUAUUUAUAGAUUUAUAUAUCAUUAUAGAUUUAUAUAUCACAUUUGUUCUGUAUACCUUAAAUUAGAUUUGGCAAUAUUAUAUGGCUUGUUAUCGUGGUAAAUUCAUUUCAUUAUCUUUUUUCUGUUUAAAUAAUAAAUUUUGUUGAUUAUAUGUAUACGUAUAUAAUUGUAUACUAUAUGUAUACAUAUAUAAUAAAAAUUAAUCGAUUACUAAUUCAAAAGAUUCUGAUUCCGAUAAAAAAACAUCUUUCAACAUUAUUAACGUUUUCUUGUAAAAUAUUAUUACAUAUAUAAACCGUAUUUGUUGAUAAAUUAUACAGAUAAAAUACGUGAGUUGUAUAACAUGAAUUAUUGAAUGUUUAUAAUAUUUUGUAUUUAUUUUGUGACUCAGUACCGUAUAUAGGAUGCUUCGUAUGAUAUGUAUACAUUCUUAAUAAUUAAUAUGAAACAAUAUUCUGUCUGUUACAAUGAGUCUCCUAUAAAAAUUCAUGUAUCAUUCUACAUCGUACGUGUGUACUUUUGUAUUUAGACGAUUAUUAGGAUUAUAUGUUAUACGUAUUUAUUAACAAUAAAUAUAUAUGUAUAUAAUUAUACAUGUAUAUAUAUGUGCGUGCAUGUAUGUAUAUAUAUGUACAGCAAGAUUUAUAAAAGAAUAAAAUAAUGCUCAAAGAGUAUGACAGUGAAAUCAUAAAGCGUAAUAAAGGUACUAUUCGUUCAAACUUUA